AUGUCUGGAAAGGGUAAAGGUGGUGAUGAAGUUAGUGCUGAUUUCUACAUUUCAUGCCACAUAGACUCUGAGUUUCGCUACAACCUCUUCACUGUUUUCUACAGCAUCGUUUUCAUUCUGGGCUCUGUUGCCAACUGCUAUGUGCUCUGGAUUUUCAGCCGUAUUUACCCCACCAAGAAACUCAGUGAUAUCAAGAUUUUCAUGGUGAACCUGACAGUAGCUGACCUGCUCUUCCUGUUUAUGAUGCCAACGUGGAUUAUUUACUAUCACCGCCAUGGAGACUGGACCAUGCCUGAGUUCCUCUGUAGUGUGGCUGGCUGUUCAUUUUUUGUUAACACCUACGCUUCUGUUGCCUUUCUGAUGGCCAUCACAUACAACCGUUACCAAGCCGUGACUAAUCCCAUUAAAGCUGCUCAGCUUACCACCCAGAGAAGGGGUAUCUACGUAUCGGCAGCUAUCUGGAUCGUAAUAGCGGGCAGCUCUUUAUAUUACCUCUUUGAUGAUAAUACUAAUCAGGUGGAGAUCAACUCGAAGAAUUUCACACGGUGUUUUGAGAACUAUGACUCUUCUAGCAGUGUUACAGCUGUUCUUGCUAUUCAUGUAAUCAUCUGCAUCCUCUUCUACAUAACUUUCCUUUUUAUGCUAGGCUGGAACAUUAUCAUUAUCAGGACCCUGUUCUCCAAAUCAGCACAGCCACGGAAGAGUGCUCAGGUCAAGCAAAGGGCGCUCUGGAUGGUUUGCACGGUGCUGGCUGUGUUCAUCGUAAGCUUUGUACCUCACCACAUCGUGCACCUGCCCUGGACCCUGACUGUUCUGAAGCAGUGGAAGAAGGAAAACUGUCACUUGCACCAACAACUCAACGAUGCUCACCAGGUGACUUUGUGUCUCAUGAGUAUGAACUGCAUGUUGGACCCAAUCAUCUACUGCUUCCUCACCAAGAAGUUCCAGAAGCAUCUUUCAGAAAACCUGAAAAGCAUGAAAGGGAGCCGCAAGUGCUCCAGGCAAACUACGGACACAGUGAUUGAGGGCACCAUUCACCAAGAUGAUGCCAUCAGGAUCUAG